AUGACAGAUCAGGCAAGGUGGAAAGCCACAGUGUAUAUUGGAGGUUUGGCGCCAACAGUCAACGUAGAAAGUCUUCAGAACGCGUUUCUACCCUUUGGAGAAAUUGCAGAUGUUUCUAUCCCAAAAAAUGAUGCUCCAAAUUCAAUGGAACCUCAUCGAGGUUUCGGUUAUGUAGAGUUUGAAGAUCCAGAAGAUAUUAAGGAUGCGAUCGACAACAUGGACCAGGCCGAGCUCUUUGGAAAAGUCAUCAAAGUAUCAGCAGCAAAACCUCCAAAGAAUGUCAAUGAAGGGUUAGGGAGCAAGACGGCACUGUGGGAACAGGAAGGAUGGUUGGCGGAGAACGCCGUGAGUGAAGAAGAUAAAGUGGCUGCAGAAAGAGCAAGAGCUGCCACAGAAGAUAGGUCAGAGGACCCAAUGCAAGGUCUGGAGGGUUUAGACGUCGCUGGCCCUAGACAAGAGUGA